ACCCCGCUGCUCUGAACUCAGGCCCGUCCCACCUAGAUCUCCCGGAUGUAGCCCCUAUUCCCUUCCGGUCGGGGUCAACCUUGUACUUCCGGGUAACGGGGACGCUGGACGCUAAGGUGGGGAGUCCGAGGCGGGACCUGGGCCCUGAUAUGGAUAACAGACGUGAUGAGAAAUGUGGAACACCAUGCGCUACAUCACAAGAAGAGAUGAAAGUCAGAGGGAAAGACAAGAGAAAGCGAAAACGCAGCAGAAGCAGAUCAUCAUCCAUUUCAUCAACAUCAUCUGCUAGUACUACUACUACAUCCUCCUCAUGCUCUUCAUCAAGAUCUUCCUCCUCUUCAAGCAGCAGAAGCAGUUCAAGUGGCAGAGAUUCUCCCAAGUCUAAAUCAAAGAAAAGGAAAAAAGAAAAACGCAACAAAAAGAAGAGGAAAAAAGAGAACAAGCUGAAGAAAAAGAAAGAAAAGAAAAAAAAGAGAGAGAAACCAGGACCUGUCCAGCUUUCCAAGUACCUUAAAGACAAAAAGAAGACUGAAAACUACAGUAUGAUAACAGGGAAAAAAAUUAAGAUGAAAAUAAAGAAGACUAAAAAGGAUAAAGAGAGAGACCGAAACCGUGCUGAACUCCUUGAUUUCCUAAACUCCGCCUUGUAAUGGAAAGAGUGCCGAGCAAGGACGUGUACAUCUCCCAAGCCAACCGGUCCUCAUGCCUAGCAAAACACAAAGGAAACUCAGGGAAAAGGGCACCAUUUGUGACAAGACCAGACUCUUGUGCUGUGAAGACAAUCAGUGUCCUUUACAAUUGGCAAAAUGAAGAGUUACUGCUAACUUGUUUAUUAAUAUCCAUGUCGUCCUUUUGAGAUCCUAAAGUAAUAGCCAAGUUGCAAUGUUGUAUGAGUGCUUAAAAUGUGUUGCUGCUGCUGAUCUGAAGUGAAAUGACAUUAUUGUACUUCAGCGUAUCAAAUACAUCCCAGAGCUGCAUGCAGAGCACACUCAUAAUUUCAAAUGUCUUUAAUGUUUGUGGUAGCUGAAACAUAGCAGUGUACUAGCAGGUCAUCUGCUUGAAAAAUUAGGUGUUUCUGUAUAUAUCUUUCUUAGUGGUGAUUUUAUUUGUUCUAAAGACCACGAUGACUCUUUGUGAAUAGUACAUCUACAGAAAUGAAUAUCUUUUUUAACAGUCAUCUUCAAUAUGUUGCUUUCUCAAAAAGUUUGAGACUCAGCCUUCUCACAGGUGUUUAUUACCAUUUGUCAAAGCUUGGUAACAAAUUUAUAAUUAAAAUAUUCUAGAGUAAUAAAAACAUUAGCUGAAUAU